GAUAAACGUGUUAAACAUGAAGCGUUCGUCUCUGUCCAUUUUUAAAAGAAGAAAAUGGUGUUUUUGUUAACACAUCCACCGUUCGCUAGGGCGGCGGUGUUGUGGUUGGAAUUGUGUCUGAAGAAAUAAGGGCCAGUGCGGAGGAAGUGACGGACGCGCGUGAGGGGUCUGGUCAGAGGAAGUUUAUACCUUGAUGAACCAAACUUUUUUCCCCACCCCCCGUUUUUUAAGAGAAGCAGCGGCUCCGCGGACCGGACCCAGCGGUGGUGGGAGUGUAUUAUUUAUUUCCUUACCAAAUCUACUGCAAGUGCCGUGGAUUAGUUGAAACCUCGAGUCUGGAAGACGAGAGAAAGGGCGCGCUGAGGAAUUUAACUCCUGUUACCAAAUCCCCCUUUCUUCCUCUUCCCUACCGUUUCCUUCCAUUUCCCCUCCUCUCUCUUUCUCUCUCCCUGGGAUUUGCAAUGGGGAAGGAGCAGGAGCUACUCGAAGCGGCGCGCACUGGAAACCUGGCCGCUGUGGAGAAGCUUUUAUCCGGGAAGCGACAGUCUGCAGGCGCCGGCAGCGGUUCGUUCGGAACAGGGGGAAGCGCUAUCAGCGGCGGCCACGGCGCCUCCUCUCACCCGCUCUCCAGCCUCCUCAGUAUCUGGAGAGGCCCCAAUGUGAAUUGUGUGGACAGCACUGGAUACACCCCCCUCCACCACGCCGCUCUAAACGGACACAGCCAGGUGGUGGAGGUGCUGCUACGAAACGAGGCCUUCACCAACAUCGCUGACAACAAGGGCUGCUACCCUCUCCAUCUGGCUGCAUGGAAAGGAGAUGAACAUAUUGUGAAACUACUUAUUCACCAGGGACCUUCACACCCCAAACUCAAUGAGCAGAGCUCUGUAGACCAUAAAGAGUUCAAACGCUGUGGGCCCUUUGACCCCUAUAUUAAUGCCAAGAACAAUGACAAUGAGACACCGUUGCACUGUGCUGCCCAGUACGGCCACUCCCGGGUAGUGCAGCUGCUACUGGAGGAGCUGACCGAUCCCACCAUGAGGAACAACAAAUUUGAGACGCCACUGGAUCUGGCUGCACUAUAUGGCCGACUGGAGGUAGUCAAACUGCUGCUCAGCGCACAUCCCAACCUGCUCAGCUGUAACACCAAGAAACACACACCACUGCAUCUGGCAUCACGCAACGGUCACCUGUCUGUGGUGGAGGUACUGCUGGACGCUGGCAUGGAGAUCAACUAUGAGACUGAGAAAGGUAGUGCCCUUCAUGAAGCAGCUUUAUUUGGGAAGAUAGAUGUGGUGCAGAAGCUUCUCAGUGCAGGUAUCAAUGUGAACAUUGUUGACCAGAAGGGUCUGACAGCGCUGGACACUGUCAAGGACAUGCCCUCAAAAAAGAGUCGACAAAUAGCUGCUCUCAUCCGAGGUCACAUGACUGGAAAACCCCCUGAUAUUGACCUUCCCCCUCCGCCAAUCCCUCCACCACAGGAGAGUCCCAGCCUACAUAACAAGGGGGACAUGGAGAAAGUGAGCGAGCUGAUCUCAGGAUUGGCUCCGGAGCCUGAGGAGGAGAGCCCAUAUGAGGCUCUGUUUGAAGCCACUUCAAGCCACUCUCUAGACAGUCUGACCAGCGGAAAGUCCUCUGACAGGGACUCCGGGAGACCGGACAGUGAGGCUGGCAAGAAAGAAUGUGUGGUUCAGUCAUCACACCCUGGACCUGGCCAUGAAGAAGAAGCGAGCUCAGAGGCCCUGUAUACUAACAGCAGUAUAGAUGAAAGAGGGGAGCCAGAGGAGGAGGAAGAGGAUCACACCUAUGAGUUGUUGCUUACAGCACAAACCAAAGUUCCUCCACCCACCCAGAAUUCCCACUUCCAUAAAGAUGAGAAAACCACUGCACAGGCUUCCAACAGUGUCCCACCUCAGCAUAAACUCACUGCCCCAAAUGACCUGACACCACUGACCAAGACAAAAGACACACUUCAGCCUCCUGGACGGACUGGCCCUCAGGCACCGGGAGAAGACUCGCAGCUCAACCAGGACCAGGGAGCAGGUGUCCCGGAGCAGUUUACUGGCCUCUUACACGGCUCUUCUCCGGUCUUUGACUGUCGUGAGGAGGCCUUCAGUCUUCCAGGUGCUCUUCCAGCUAACCAAGACCAUCCAGAAUCUAGAAGUCCAGCCAAGGUUAAAGAAAAAAUAGCAGCAUCACCUCCUAGCCGUCCAAGUAUGGCUGCCAUCCUGACAGACUGUGAUCCAAAAGCCAUUUAUGCAACUGUGCACAAAGAACCCAGGGAUUUAGGUGCGAGCGGAAUGUCCCCCGGGAGGAUGCGUCCUCCAGGGGACCUGAAGCUGGCACGGAGCCUCUCCAAGUCUGACUCAGACUUGCUCGUGUCACCUCCAACUGAGGAGGAAGGAGGACUGGGCAACCGUAGCGAGUCUGUUUCUAACUGUAGUGCUGGCAAGAAGCGGCUCGAGAAAUCUCCCUCUUUCACCUCAGAAUGGGACGAGCAGACACCGACGGCUUCUCCCACCUCAAAACCAGGAAGUUCUAAUUCCACUGAGAGUAUUGAGAAGAUCAUGACACUGAUUGGUGCAGGCAUCGAUUUUUCCAGAGAUCAGCAAUAUGCUACACCAGCAGGUGCUGCAGGCCGGCUGCUGGAUCAGCCUGUGGGAGACUGGCUGGAACACAUGGGGCUGCCGCAGUACGAGAGCAAGCUACUCCUCAACGGCUUUGACGACCUGCACUACAUGGGAAGCAAUGUAAUGGAGGACCAGGAUUUGAGAGAGAUUGGGAUCACAGACCCCAGCCACAGAAAAAAGAUCCUGCAUGCAGCACGCUCCUUACCCAAGGUGAAAGCACUGGGGUGUGAUGGGAGUAGCUCCUUGUCCUCUUGGCUGGACCACCUGGGCCUACAUGAGUACUUGCACACCUUCUUGGCAAGCGGCUAUCGCAAUCUGGAUUGUGUCAAAAACCUCUGGGAGCUGGAGAUUGUUAAUGUUCUUAAAAUCACCCUCAUCGGUCACAGGAAACGUAUCAUUGCUUCCUUGGCAGAGAGGCCCUACGAGGAACCUCCUGUGAAGCCCCCUCGCUUGUCUCAAAUUAGGUGCCAAGACUUGCCUGGAUCCCAGACCUCCUCUCCCCUCAGUCAGAUGGAGUCCUACACAGGACGCUCGAUGGACCCUCUGUUACCUGUGGGGGAGUCAGGGAGGAAAAAAGUACCAGACACAGAGUACGACAUUACUCAACGAUGCCACAGUGACCGACACAGACCACAGGAUCGACAUGAAGAACGGUACAGAGAACCCCGGCUGACCCUGCGGCCACCUAGUUUGGCAGCACCAUACGCCCCAGUCCAAAACUGGCAUCACCAGCCUGAGAAGCUCAUCUUUGAAUCCUGUGCCUACGAAGCCAGUUACCUUGGAUCUAUGCUUAUUAAGGAGCUACGGGGUACUGAGUCCACCCAGGAUGCCUGUGCCAAAAUGCGGCGAUCGACAGAGCAAAUGAGAAAGGUCCCAACCAUCGUCCUGUCAAUCACCUACAAGGGUGUGAAGUUCAUCGAUGCAGCCAGUAAGAACAUCAUUGCAGAGCACGAGAUUCGAAACAUUUCUUGCGCUGCCCAGGACCCAGAGGAUUUGUGCACGUUUGCCUACAUCACCAAGGACCUGCAGACCAGCCACCAUUAUUGCCAUGUGUUCAGCACAGUAGAUGUGAACCUGGCCUAUGAGAUUAUACUGACACUAGGCCAGGCGUUCGAAGUAGCUUAUCAGCUGGCUCUACAGGCCCAGAGGACCAAGCAACACCAGAACCUCCCAGUGGGACCUGGUUCAGAGGUCAUUGAGACAAAGUCCAGCCGACCAGUACCCAAGCCACGAGGCAGUGUGCGGAAAUCGGCAGGGGACACUGUAGAGCAGGAGGGCGAUUCUCAUUCCCAGGGCAGCGCCACAUGGCUUGUGGAUCCAAAGGAACCUAAGCGCACGAUCAGCACUAAGCAGCAGCCACUCUGAGGCUGUUAUUUCUGAUCGUUGAACUCCUGACAUCAAGUGCUGAGAGAACCAAUCUGCUAAACUGCAGCCAAGAGUGGUCGACUACUCGUCCUGCACCUGGCUUUUUCCCAUAAUUCUAUGCAUUAGUUGGACUUUAGCAGACUUUCUGUUGAGUGAUCCAGGUCAACACCUGUUUUAAACCAUUAAUGAAUUGUUUGGAGCCAAAGCAGGCUAAAAUCCUGCCACUGUGAUAUUGUUCUUUUUUGAGCUAAAGAAAUAAACCUGAGGGAUUUUUUUCUCUUGAACAGAGAACAGAUUAUAGACAGGCAUCGAAAGAGCAGUUCAUCUGCAGAACACAAAUGGUUCAUCCUGUUGUUGUUGUUGUUGUUGGCCUGCCCACCUCUGUGUGUCAGAACAGUAGGAUUAAAACUCGAUGCAUGUUUUGGAGUGAACUACAAGCACUUUUAACAAAUCGUCAACAUGUAUGUCAGAAUAUGUGCAUCUUUGUCCGUCCCGUCUUUCCUUUUGACAACAGAUGCCUUCUGUGUUCAUCCUGUGAGUGUUGCCGUUUGUUUUGCCACUUACACAGAGUUAAUAUUUUACAGCCGUUUGUGAAGGGAGUUAAUCAUUGCAAUAGAUAAUUACCACACUGUGGUCAUGCAUUAUUUUAAACUCAUUGCUUUGUAUGCCUGUGUGUGUGUGUCCUGUCCUUAUAGCUGAACUCUGUGGCCAAAAGGGCAGGAAUGACCCCUGUUGCAUGGUGGGUAGGAUGUUUUGUUGGAAAGAUGGCCUACUUCUCAUGCAGCAGAUCACACUGCCACUUGGAUCACCCUUGCAGCACGUCACAGUAACACAUCACGAGAGGGAACGAGCCUGCAUGUUCAGUUUGCACCAUUGCACAGCCCAUCCAGUCAUGUGAUGUCACUGAGUUAAUUUUCUUUUUGUUUUGUUUUUUCUCUUUUUUUUUAAGAGCUAUAAGUCCAGCGAACUUCCCUUUUAGAGUAUUUACCUGCAGGUUUCACUGCAGAACUUAAAGCUAAUGGGAAUGUGGUUGAGCUAUUAGGAACACUUUUAUUUCUAUUUUUUAAUCAUGCAAUGCUUCAAGAUCAAAUAGUGGUCUAACAGACCAUAGUCUAUCCAUGAUCUAUACGGACCACACCCCCCACGGUUUGGUACACAUAGGAACUGCGGCUUCAUUGCAACAUUGACCCAGUAGUGUGAAAUACAGAUUUAUUGUCAUGGUGACUUCUUUUUAAAGUGAUGACUGUGUAAAUGCAGAGUUGCAGUGAAAUCAGUGUGAGCGGAGAAAAAGCACUUGUGCAGUCACGCGGCUGGAACUUAUUAAAAGCAGACAGCCCCCGCUGCCUCGGGCACCACUCAAGGCAGCUUUGUGCUGGCUUGGUGCAUGUCAGGGUUCAAGCAUGAAAUGUUUCACUUCAUAUUAUCAGGAGUUGAGGCCGGAGUGUCCGUCACCUCUUCCACAUGCCAUGUGAGUUGAGUGCUGGGAGUCCACAGCGCUCCAAACUUUUUCCGAGCGGUGUGCCUGCUCAGGAAGACUAGUGUAUUUAUCCAGUUUUGUUUCUUUUUGUAUUACUUUUAAAUAUGUUAACAAAGGCUAUUUUUUAUUCACUAGUACUGUUCAUAUUGCAAUUUAAUAUAACAAUUAAGUAUUUUAUUACAAAAUAUUAUUUAUGCAUUGGACUCCUUUUUAUUCAGGACUGUGGGAAAAUGUCCUUGUUCUUUUUAAAAAUGGAAAACCAAGUGAUAUGUCUUUCUCUUUUUUUUGUACUGAUCCAUAAAAUGAUCCAAUCCGUGAAUAAAAGAUGUAAUCUGAACCAAACCGUGGGUUUUGUGAUCCGUGACACCCCUACAAUGUAAUAUGUGAUACAGAGAGCUCAUUGUAACCAGGUACAGUCCGUCACUGUUCCCAGGCAUUGUAGCGCCUCUUUACAACUACCACCUUCUCUCCAUUAACACACAACUGUGAUCAUAAAAUGUUGCCGAUAGAUUAAAACUAAGAGCAAAGGAGCAAACACUACAGACUUAUUUCUUUGUAAUCAAACAGGGUUUCUUGUUUUAAGUGUUUUAUAGGACAGUAAGAUGUCCUGAUAACAGAACUGGAUCAGCUGUGGUUUACUGCAGUUUUCUCUGCUGCGCCUUUUGUUUAAUUAAUACUGAUGAAAUUUUCCGCCAAACCUGCCAUGUAGGCUGGUGCUUAUUUUUAUUUUUGCCACAGAACAAUAGGGCACAGCAUGUGUCUCCUUGCUAACCUCCCACUGUGCGUCUAUGAAUGGUACUUGUUGAUCAGCUGAUGUGUAUGUGACUGCAUAGUCAGGCAAUUAUCGUUCAACUGUUGUGUAUGUGGUACUUGGUGGAGCCAGUAUGAUAGCUAUGUGGUACACUGUCCUUAAGUAGCUGGUGUCAACACCUGCAGCCAUCAGCCUGGAACCCGUUCAGCUUUUGCACAUUGCUAAAGAUCAGGAGCGAUACUUUGAGACUGACCUGAUGACUACAAUGAUUAAAAUGGUAAUGUACAUGAAUUAGCAUUCUGUAUUUUGAUACUUGAAUGACUUUUUUUUUUCUCGCUUUUAUAGAUAAAUAUGUAUAUGUAUGUACUGUAUGUACUUGUGUAAUUUUUGAUGCUUGUCAAAAGAGAGAAAAUGAUUGUCUUAUAAAGGUUAACAUAUCAUAAAUAAAUCACCUUUGAUUUGGGAAAAAAAGGCAGAGAAAAAAAACUGAGGGACCUCACUUGAGAAAAAAGAUUGUAAAUAAUCUUGGGCUUCCAGUCUUUUUUUAUGAUUAUUUUUCAUAAUUGUACGACUAAUAAAUGGCUUGAUUC